AUUUAUUUCUCCCGAUAAUUGCUGGACGACUCCUUUUAACAGUGUGCUUGCUGAUGGAGGGCCCCUACUGCUCGCAACUAAGACAUUUAACAAUUAAUCCAUCAUUGUUCUUUUUGGUAAGACGCAAGAACCAAAACACGGUAGAACUGAGGAAGUCGUCGUCUGAAACAUCUGCCAUUUCUCCACGAUCAAGGCAGCAAGAUUGCAGCGGGCUCCCUUUGCUGUGGAGAAAUCACCUCUGCGACAGAGAAUCCAUGAAGGAAAAAAAAAGAGGUGCAAGCGCCGCACCGUCCCUUCGGGGUUGGCAGCAUGAGGAGCUCUGCCUUCGGGGAAGCAUUUCGGGGAGAGAACGGCUUUUGUCUCGGCUUUGACGCGGAGAAAGGCUGGCUUCCUUGUUGCUGUGGGUGGUGGUGGUCCUGCAUGGUUUCCUAUGGGGGGGGAGAAUUAUCACUUCCGCUCCAGGAGACCCACGCGUGUGUUCAAUCCUGAAACCAGGCAUUGCGUGAAUCGAAAUCGCCCACGGCCUCGGGCUUGAAUUCUCCCAGGCCAACUCGGAUGGGUGGCGUCAAUGGGGCCAGGACACGAACUCCCCUUCAGCCGCGCCUUCCUCAGCCCGCCCGCUCGCCCGCCUGCCUGCCAUUCAAGGCCCAUUCAAGGCUCCCCGGCUCCUCCCAGCGUGCAAGCCGGGGUAAGGCUUCCCGUCACAUGGGCCCGGCGGCGGCGGCGGCGGAAAAAGGACACGGAGGCUUCAGGGAGGCCGCGCCGGCUCGGUCCGCCUGCCUGUUUUGGUCUUUGCCUGCUGGGGCCUGCGGCUCUCGCGAAGGAAUGGCGUUCGUGCUCCUGACCCGUUGUGGGCGAAGGGCUGCCGGCCUCCCCAGGCGGGUGAACUGGGACCCUGAGGCUGGCCACUUGGAAAAACGUGCUUGUUUAAGCUGUACAUCCAUGAGACUGAUAAAUCAUAUGCAAAUUCAUUAUAAACAUUGUAUUGGUAUCUCUCCUGUUUAUUCCGCAAGAGAUGGUUAUAGCUGGACUGAAGGAUCAGAAAAAGGACACUUUACAGUGCUUAGGUCACCUGAUUUGUGGCUGAUGUCUCCCAAUAGAGGUAUUUGGGGACCGUAUCAUUUUCCAGUGCGGAAGUGGCAUUCUUCACAAUCAAAUAAUGAUGACUCUGUGGUAGAAAAAUCCCUGAAGUCUCUCAAGGAUAAAAACAAGAAAUUAGAAGAAGGAGGCCCUGUAUAUAGUCCAACCAUAGAAGAAAACAUAGUCAAAAAGUCUCUUGGACAAAGAAUUGUUGAUGAGAUAAAGCAUUAUUAUCAUGGCUUUCGAUUGUUAUGGAUUGAUACAAAGAUUGCUGCAAGGAUGCUCUGGCGUAUACUUCAUGGCAGCACUUUAUCCCGUCGCGAACGGAGACAGUUCCUUCGAAUAUGUGCUGAUCUUUUCCGGUUGGUCCCCUUCCUUGUCUUUCUUGUUGUUCCAUUCAUGGAAUUCCUACUUCCAGUAGCCUUAAAGCUCUUCCCUAAUAUGCUUCCUUCAACAUUUGAGACAAAGUCUAAGAAGGAAGAGAGAUUGAAAAAAGAACUAAGAGUGAAGCUUGAACUGGCUAAAUUUCUUCAAGAUACUAUUGAAGAGAUAGCCUUAAAGAAUAAAGCUUCCAAAGGGAAUGCAACUAAAGACUUUGCUGCCUUCUUUCAAAAGAUCCGUGAAACUGGAGAAAGACCAAGCAAUGAAGAAAUUUUACGCUUCUCAAAGCUAUUUGAGGAUGAACUAACCCUUGAUAAUCUCACAAGACCCCAACUGGUUGCUCUCUGCAAACUGCUGGAACUUCAGUCAAUUGGGACAAAUAACUUCCUUCGUUUUCAGCUGACAAUGAAGUUGAGAUCUAUCAAAGCAGAUGAUAAACUGAUUGCAGAGGAAGGUGUGGAUAGCCUGACAGUCAAAGAACUACAAGCAGCAUGUCGAGCAAGAGGUAUGAGAGCACUUGGUGUAACCGAAGAACGUUUGAAGGAUCAGCUUAAGCAGUGGUUGGACUUGCAUCUGAGUCAGGAAAUCCCAACUUCACUGCUUAUUUUAUCCAGAGCCAUGUACCUUCCAGAUACUCUUUCACCAGCUGACCAGCUCAAAACAACCUUGCAAAUACUACCUGAAAGUGUGGCCAAAGAAGCUCAGGUGAAAGCAGGAGAAGUGGAAGGAGAAAAAGUUGAUAAUAAAACUAGACUGGAAGCAACUCUUCAGGAAGAAGAAGCUAUUAAGAAAGAAAAUCAAGAAAAAGAGUUGGAAAGGCUUUCAGAAGCAGCAGAAAAAGCUAAAGAAACCCUUCAAGAAGCUGAGAGGCAACUGGUGGAACCUACAGUAAAUCUUGUUUCUUCAGCUGCACAUAUGAAGAAAAGCCAAAUAGCUGUAGGUACAGAGCAAGAACCAGCAAAGGUGGAUUUAAGCCAGCAUUCUGAGAUUCUGAAAGAUACGGCACCAAUAUUGGAAGGCAUUAAGGGUGAAGAAAUAACCAAAGAAGAGAUUGACUUACUAAGUGAUGUCUGUAAUAAACUGAAAGACCAAAAGAAAUCCCUAACAAAAGAAAAGGAGGAACUGGAGGAACUCAAGGAUGAUGUGCAGGAAUAUAGUGAGGAUUUGCAAGAGAUCAAGGAGUUGUCUAAUACUGGACAGGAGGAAAUAGUUGAAGAAUCAAAAGCAAGCAAGCAACUGGUUAAAAAAGUGAACAGAAUGAUUGGACAGAUUGACAAAAUUAUUCAAGAGUUAGAGACAGACCAGAAAGUGGUGGAUGGACAGAGAGACACUGGUGCUAGUCCUCCCAUAGGAGAGAAUCUCAUCAGUAUCAAUGAGCUUAUUAGUGUGAUGAAGGAAAUUCAGAAGAUACCAGAAAGCAAACUGAACAAGCUUGCAGAAGCACUGGAUGAAAAUAAAGAUGGAAAAAUAGAUAUAGAUGAUGUCAUGAAGGUGAUAGAAUUGAUUGACAAAGAAGAUAUUGAUAUUUCUACUAAUCAAGUAGCAGAGAUUGUGGCACUCUUACAAAAGGAGGAAAAAUUGGAAGAAAAAGAGAAGAUUAAAGAAAAGGCUGAGAAGGAAGUUCUAGAAGUAAAGAACUAAUCUUCAGUCUGAUUUUUUGGGCUGAUUAAAAUAGAACAUCUUAUAUACCUUACCCACCAUCUUAUGAGAUGAGAAACACCAGUGAAUUGUUGACAAGUCAGAAAUAUUCUUGGAUCAAACAUGGGGAUCUUAUCAUUCCAUGAUAAUGAGGACAGUUUGGGUGUUUUAAGAAUUUAUUCAAUCUAUGGAAUCACGUGCACUCUUUUGUACCAUUAUUUAAUGUACUUUCAUCACCUGAUUAUAAUGCAGUUUAGGAAUAUACUGUACUUCCAUUGAGGAAGGUGUCAGCAGUUUCCUUUCAAACAAUACAAACUGUACAUGAACUUUUAUUUUUCUUUAUUUGGCAAAGAAGUAAAAAUCUGUAUACCAAAGUUCCAGUUAGAGGUGUAAUGUCUAAGAGAUUUCUAAAAUCUCAUGUAAAAGUAUCAGUCAGGGUUUAAAAAAAGCUUAUGCAAAAGAUCAUAUAUGUGUUCUGAAAGUCUGUAGUUGCCUUGGAAUAUAAGGUACACAUCCAUGUGUCAUGAUCAUAUUUUUUAAAAAUACAGAUCUUUCCCCAGCAUUUUCAUGAUUGUCUUUUACAAAUUCUCAGUGGUCAAGAAUACACCUACAAAAAGGCAUAAAAGGGAAUGAAGCAUCACCCAACCCCAUCAGUUUCUUGUUCUUCUUCACUUCUUUCCACUCUUCUACACUCUCAUGUGUGUCUCCCCUCUCCUCCCAGUUUAUUCUAUCAUUGACAGGAAACCCGUAUAAGGGUUUCCUGUCAAAACAAUUAUUUCAAAAGCCACAAUAGAAAUAGCAGUCCCAGCAGUUGCUGCUAUUGUUGGUCCUUUGUUCGUCACCUGUAAGGAGGCCAUGCAGAAUUUGCAGUUAGAGUGAUGUGCUCUAUAAACAGUAUGGGAUGGGGUUGGAUGUGCAAAUUCCACUAGAAUUAGACUUAUUGAAUCAGCGGGGAUUUGGCAAGUCCUCUGCAGGUUUUGUUGAUUCAUAUGUACCUACUCUAAUCACUCCACUAAAGCAAUUUACAACUGGAAUAGGCCCAUUUGAAUCAAUGACACUUAUGCAGGAGUUGAUUUGCCAAAUCUCCACUGAUUCAAUAGGUCAAACUCUAGUGCAAUUUACUAAGCUACGUCAAGAUUUAAGCCAUGGUGUAUAAUUCCAUGGUUUUCAUCUUCGUAGAUGAGAAUCUGCUAAAUCAGUAAACAGAGAGACCAUAUAAAGCUUAACUCUUUGUUGCCUUUUGAACUAUAAGGUUAGUGAAUCUCUGAUGAAAAUAGUAAGUAGAAUGCUUUUGUUUUUCAUUUAACCUUUUUUGUUAACUUUUUAUAGCAGGUAACUAUGCUUGUUGUUAACACAGUUCUUGAUAACCAACUUGUUAAAAUGUAUAUUUCCAGUGAAAAUAAGGGUACUUCCAAAUUUAUUUCUCAGAAAGUAAACAAUGAAAAACUCCAGACUAGUAAGUUUACCUUUCAUGUCUUCUACUACUGAACUGCAGUGCCACCACUAAUAGACAAUGUCAGGCUGUUUUGAUGGAAUUAAAUCUUUUUGUCCAUGCA